AUGUCCGCAUCUCCCGCAAGCUCUUCUACAACUGAUACUCAAACAGCAGAGCCUACAACAACAUCUCCUGCCAGUACAAGCUCUUUUACAACUGAGCCUCAAACAGCAGAACCUACAAUACCACCUCAAAGUGCAAGCUCUUCUACAACUGAGAAUCAAACAGCAGAACCUAUAACCUCUGCCACAAUAAGCACUCCUUCAACUGAGACUCAAACAUCUACAACUCCUUCAACAUCUCCUGCCAGUAGUACAAGAGCUUCUGGAACUGAGUCUCAAACAACAGAACCUACAACACCCCCUGCCAGUACAAGAGCUUCUACAACUCAAUCUCAAACAGCAGCACCAACAACCUCUGCCACAACAAUCUCUCCAUCAACUGAGACUCAAACAUCCACAACUCCUUCAACACUGCCUGCUACAAGCUUUUCUACAACCGAGUCUCAAACAGUAGAACCUACAACAGCCUCUGCCAUAACAAACUCUCCAUCAACUAUGUCUCCAACAUCAGCUCCUUCAGUUUUUGUAUUAGGAUUAUCAUGA